UCUGAUAUGAGAAGAGCCCAAAAAGCACAAGAUCAUUCUUCUUCUUCUUCCUCUGCUCGACCAUUACUCUUCCACGGGGUUCCAUCGUCUUCUCAAAUCAGCUCUCCGGGUAUAGUCUCACUUCUGAGUUUCCUGCAUAAUGUUUAUCUGCGGCCAUUGCUCUACAGCGUGUUAAUUCUGAACCCUGUUCUUAUCCGACUUGAUGGAUACUGCAAGAUGUGUGGCCUGAGUAUCGGUUUGAUGUUCAACCAGCCAAGAAGUUUUAUUUCGGUGGAGGUGUGAUUUACUUAUGUGCAAUUGUUCUUAUUUGCUGAUCUCAGAUGGAUGAUGGUGGGCAUCGUGAGAAUGGAAGACUCAAAGCAGAACAGCAGUAUAAAGCAGCUCAGGGUCAGUGGUUGAUGCAACAUCAAACGCAUCAACCGUCGAUGAAACAGAUUAUGGCCAUAAUGGCCGAGAGAGAUGCAGCCAUUCAAGAACGAAAUAUGGCCUUCUCUGAGAAAAAGGCUGCCCUUGCAGAGCGGGACAUGGCAUUCCUGCAGCGAGAUGCAGCAAUUGCAGAACGAAAUAAUGCCAUAAUGGAACGGGACAAUGCCAUUGCAACACUUCAAUACCGAGAAAACUCCUCCUUAACUAGUGGCAAUGUAUCUUCAUGUCCACCGGGAUGCCAAAUAUCACGUGGGAUCAAACAUAUGCACAACCCGCAGCAGCCUGUACACCAUCUCCCCCACAUGAAUGAAGCUUCUUAUGGCACCAGAGAGAUGCACACAAACGAUCCCCUGCCACUACCACCAGAUCCUCCUGCGGCUCCAAAGCGUAGGCAGACCAAACAACCGAAGGAGCCCAAGACGAUGCCCCCAAACAAAAAACCAGCAAAAUCUCCAAGGAAGGUCAAGAAGGAGAGUGAGGACUUAAACAAGAUGACGUUUGACAGAUUGCAUGAGUGGAAGGGCGGUCAGGACAUGUGCAGUGGUGCUGAAGAUCUUAACAAACAAUUAGUUGUUUCAAAGUCUAAUUGGAAAUGCCAGGACUUGGGGUUGAACCAGGUUGCAUACGACGACACAACCAUGCCAGCACCGGUGUGCUCCUGCACUGGUGUUCUGAGGCAGUGCUACAAGUGGGGAAAUGGGGGUUGGCAAUCCUCAUGUUGCACUACUACAAUGUCAAUAUACCCAUUGCCAGCAGUGCCCAAUAAACGACACGCAAGAGUAGGUGGCCGCAAGAUGAGUGGCAGUGCUUUCAACAAGCUACUUAGUCGCCUGGCAGCUGAAGGCCAUGAUCUGUCGAAUCCAGUUGAUCUCAAGGACAACUGGGCCAAGCAUGGAACAAAUCGCUACAUUACGAUCAAGUAGAUUUGGGAGCAGCUUAAACUGGGUAGAGGAGGGUACAGACAGGUAGGAGGAGUUUGUGGAAUUCCGAAUUUGUCUUCAGCAUAGUUGCUGGAGCAAUAAGGAAUUGAUAAUAGUUGGAAGUUGUUGGGUCUGGAUUCUCCAAUGUACUUUUGGAAUCAUAAUCUAAGUUGCAAUGCAGCUAUAAACCGGCUGCAUUUUCUGGUACAUCUGUACAUGCAUGAUGUGAAAUUUCUUCAACUCCAUUAGGGAAGUGCUCAUAUUAUCUGUAUCAG